AUGAACGUUGUUGGGAAGACAAAGUUGCGUAGCAAAACCGGCUGUCUCACUUGCCGGCGGCGCCGGAAGAAAUGUGACGAAAAGCUGCCUAUAUGCGUGAAUUGUAUAUCCUCUCACCGUGAUUGCCAGUGGCCAACAUUUGCAGAUCUUUAUGAUCGCAGAUAUGCAUCUCAUUCAGAAUCGCGUCAUCGAGAUAAUCUGUCCACACCUCAACAAUCAGGAUUGGAUCACGAUGGCCUGCAUAAAGAAUGCCGGUUUUGUCGCUCUUCUCAUGGCCAACACAACCCAUUCUUAUCAGGUGCCGAGAUUUCCAGCUCUGCGGUUGCUCAAAGAGCGCUCUCACAAGAGUUGGACUGUCAUAUUUCUCGCCACUUUGUGAACAAAUUCUACUCUCUUCUAUUAUUGCCUUACUGCCACACUCAAUAUCACGAUGGCUGGCUGUCUGAGUUACGACAGGCCAUGGAAACUCACAAAAGCCUUUACUAUUCUAUUUUGGCCUGCGCUGCAUCUCACAUGUCGAUAAUCGAUGCCUCUUCCAAUAUGAAAUACAUGGCACUGGCUUACUACACGAAUUCUGUCAGAGAGCUUGCAAACCUUCUUUCUACCAUCUCGCAAAAUGAUAAGAACGACGGACUGCUAAUGACUAUUAUGAUGUUAUCCCUCCAUGGAUUGGCGAGCUGGGACACCAAUCGUGAUAUUCCGCAACAUAUUCAGGCAGGAAUUAGACUCCUGACACUGCAUGUGCUAAACAAACCUCUGGGGGUAUCUCGACUCUUUGAUAGGCUAUCUCUCGAGAGCGUCAUGUACGCAGUGUUUCUUAGGACGGCGAGUCUUUGGUCCGAUUCAACGAGCUCCGACUUCGCGUUCGAUAACGUCUUCUGGAAUCAAGCCGAGCAGGUUUUAGGGCAAACGAAUUUCUUCCCAGAAAAUUCGGGAAGCUCGGACAGCCCCGUCCUGGGAGUUUCUGUUUCUCUCUUUCGGAUUGCGUUGUCUCUUCGGCAUAUUUUUCGCACGGGGGUACUGCCUGAACCUUCGGAGCUUCAACGCUUACAAAACGACGUAGCUUUUUGGGAAGGACUGCUGCUUGAGGACGAAAAUCUUGUCAAUCAUCUCCCGGCCUGCCCACAAGGUGACUUCCAGGAACAUUAUCACGAGACUACUAUUCACCUCUUUACGCUAGUUACAUCCCUGCUACUGGGUCAAGUUCUCCGUGGUCAUAUAUUGGCUGGACUCCCACAGACAGUUCCACAUGGGAGUUGGCAGAUGGACCUAGGGAUUCGAAUUCUCGAAAAGUACGCAAACGACAAAGUAUGGGCUAAAUGUUUCAUCGUGCAGUGGCCGAUAUAUACUCUGGGAGUUCUGAUGGAAUCGCCUGAAGACCGGCAGCUCAUCCGCAAGCAGCUCCAGCAAACUUGUGCGGUCACCAGCUUCGCACAAGUUGCGCGGUACAGCUAUGAUUUAGAAACUAUAUGGACAACUCGAGAAGAUAUGGCACCUAUCAAUGACGAGCAAUAG